CAUGUGUUGUCAUUAUGUGCUCUUAUCAUUGAAGUUUACGGCAAUUAGCAGGUGUGAUUUCUAGUGCUUCCAAAGAAGACUGCGGCAUUCUAUUAAAAUAUCUUUAGUCUGUCCUGCGUUAAACCCAAAAUAUCGUAUCUGCUUCUAAACGCUGUUUAAAUCGCAUUCGAAAUACUCCACUAGCUAUUUAUUCUGCCGAGAAAACGAAAGAAAAAGCCUGCAAACCUUUGUAAAGCUGCUGAGUCUAAGAUGAGCGGUGGGCGCAUAGCAAUGUUAGGUAUGGAGUCUGAUUCCGAUACGCUGCCUGACACGCCUGCUGCUCCAGUGACACCCUCUUGCGCAGAGAAUGUCGACUGCCAGAACAUUCGGCGUAUUGUUAGCGCCGUCGUGGACCAGGCAGUGCAGUUACCGUAUUGCCACGGGGGAAUUUAUCUAGAAAACAUUUCCAUGUGCGGUGACCAGCCAGUAACUCUGGGCGAUGCUAAGAAACUGCUGAGUCUAUGGUUGACGUGGAUAUUCCGUGGCUCUCGAAAUGUGGCAUACAUUCCACCGGAGGGCGUUUCAGCACUGCCACAUUUAACCGGCGACACUUCCAAAGCCGAUGCCUGGGCGGUUGGAUGUGUGACCAUUCAGCUCCUUAAUGCCAAUCAACCGCUUCAACUUGUCCGGUAUAUGCGGUUUACCUCCAGUAUCGUGGCUCUUCAAAUGGAGCAGCCAUUACUUCCGAAACUGCAGGCCCUGUAUUCCGGAGCGGGCCAGGAGAGCGAUCUCGUGAUUGGUCCCCAGAUGGAGUUGCUUUGUCCGAUUCCGUGCGCUUGCGAGGAUUUCCUGAGCCGCUGUUUGAAGCGCGACCCGGCUAAGCGGUGGAGUUUGCAGCAGUUGCGUGCUCAUCCAUUUCUGGAUAUGAGUAAAUCCGCUGAUGACCUUUUCGCACUGGACUCAACGUUUUACCAACACACACUGCUCUUUGAUGAUAUGUUUAUGGUGUCGAAGCUACAGAGACAUCCGUUUUUAAAGGCUGAAAACACUUUGUCGCCGCAUCAACUAGGCGAACUUGUGCAUAAGAACUCUAGCACCCGCCCACCGCAACUGGUGGAUGUUUUACACUUUGGAAUGUACAGGAGUAAAGACAAAGAAUUGCAGGAACAACGUGAAUUAGCGAUUACAGCCGUCAGACAACUGGUAGACGCAUUGCCGACUGAUGUCAGUGCAGACGCAGAAACAAGAGAUUGGGCUAAUAUCUACAAGGUGCGAGCGUUGCAGAUCGGCGCUAGAAACCUUGUGCAACAUUUUGGCUGCCAGUUAGUCGAGCCGGGCGACCGUAUUUUUCCCAUGGAGCUGCAGGUUAUCACGGAACACUGUACAGGAGGCUCUUUCCACGACGCCGCUCAGUACAGACUACCGCUCGACAUCAUUGCCAAAUGGACACGGCAGGUGCUGCAAGGCCUGCAAUAUCUCCACGGACACCGCAUCGCCCAUCGCAACAUCCGGAGCAACAGCAUCUUUUUCAGUCACCCCGAUUACCGGGGGCCCAUCAAGAUCGGAGGUUUCCAGUACCUGCGAAAUACCGACACGGAUCCCUCUGGGCGAUGUGAAUGGGUUUUUCGGCCAGGUAGUAAUGAUGAUGGACGGUUCGCCUCUCCGGAAAUCAUUGACAUGCACAGUGCGGAUGCGAGGAUGGGAGAGCAGUGUGCCGUCUGGAGUUUGGGCUGUGUUGUACUGCAUUUAGUCAGCGGUCAGCCACCGCUGUACACCGGCGCCAAAAAUCGACCGAUCAUAAUAGAAAUGGCGGUGCUGUACCAUCUGAACAACGGGCCCAGGAAGUUGCCGUGUAUUUACGACUGGAUACCUAGCACUGUUCAGAACUUCAUUAAGGCAUGUCUGCAAUUUGAUCCUCAGCAACGACUAACGGUUGUCGAUCUCUUGCAAAGAGUAGGAAGUGGAGUGUUUGAAGAAAUUGGUGCGGAUGCCGAGUACUUGACACAUCGUAGCGGCGAGCCCCUUCGUGAUGAUAUUGUGGAGUACUGGAAAAAUGUUUCUUAAUGUUAUGGCAGCUGGUUCGCUCGUUAGUCGUUAUCGCAUGUCGUAGUUUGCGUUAGUAACGGCACACCGACAACUCGCUGUCCACUAUCCUGCUGACCGACAACUUGCUGGCGACUUUCUGCUGACCGACGAAAUGUUGACCCGCCAGUUUGUUGAAACGACAAAUCGCUGAACGACAUUUCGCUGAACGACAUUUUGUGAACACCGGCAACUUGCUGCCGACAAUUUUCGGACUUGAGAAACCCAAGAAACCUAAGAAACCUAAGAAAACUAAGAAACCUAAGGAACCUAAGAACCCUAAGAAAUCUGAGAAUAAACAACAAAAAGUUAAGAAAACUCAAAAACUAACGUCCCAAACUUGACAGCAAGUUGUCGGUCAGCGAAAAUGUUUCAACAAAACGUCGGUCAACAACUUAGCCGAAAAGCAAAUUGUCGGUCAACAAGUUGUCGGUCAGCGAGUUGUGUAAGUCAGCAACAUGUCGGUCAGCAAAUGGUCGGCCAGCAAUUUGUAGGUCGACGAAUUGACGGUUAGGGGCACGGUAGUAACGACUUGUCUCCUUCUUCUUAAGUGUUGGUCCAACUUCCGUAGACAAAUUAAUUACGCUUCUGUUAAUUGCAAUUCCUAAAACAUAUCACUGUCUCCAGCUAUCUACCGUUAUCUUGCUAGACAAGGCGAC